AGUUUAUGAGCAGAAACAGCGAAUAACAAUACUAGCGUGAGUGAAGUUUUUGUUAUAUGUUUUUUAAAGAACCCAGAAAACGCCGACGAGUUGCUCUACUCUCAUAAACAGUGGGUGGAUAGUAGUUUGUUUACACUCAGAGUCUAUUCCUGCGCAGGUUGUGGUAACUUUGUGUGUGCGUUGGCAGCCCCACUGUGAGUUGUCAUCAAUAUGUCUUAUGACAUAAAGGUUGCCAUAUGCGAAGACAAUAUUUUUUAUCAGUGAAAUGGGAUUUACCGGCACUUUGAAAGUGUCGUGGGAUUGUGCGUCUGUUAAACUUGGAACACUAACCUCCUGAACCUACUGGGAGACUUGAACGGUGUGUUGUUAUUUUCCAUGGAGUCCGUUGGGAAGUUUGAGUUCAGCAGGAAAGACUUGAUUGGUCAUGGAGCCUUUGCAGUUGUGUUCAAAGGCAGACAUAAAGAGAAACGCAACUGGGAAGUUGCUAUUAAGUGUAUCAACAAGAAGAACCUGGCCAAAUCACAGUCUCUGCUCAGUAAAGAAAUCAAAAUUUUAAAGGAACUCAAACAUGACAACAUUGUCAGACUUCUUGACUAUCAGGAAAUGGGUGGGUGUGUGUAUCUUGUUAUGGAGUACUGCAAUGGAGGUGACCUGGCGGAGUAUCUGCACUCAAAGGGUACACUCAGUGAGGACACCAUCCGUAUAUUUGUUCAGCAGAUUGCUCAAGCUAUGAAAGUUCUGCAGAGCAGAGGCAUCCUCCACAGAGAUCUUAAACCUCAGAAUAUCUUGCUCUGUCACCCAGAACGGCGAAGGUCGAGUCCCACAAAUAUCUGCAUCAAGAUAGCUGAUUUUGGGUUUGCACGUCAUCUGCAGACUAACACUAUGGCAGCCACGCUGUGUGGCUCACCCAUGUACAUGGCUCCUGAGGUCAUCAUGUCCCAGAACUACGAUGCCAGAGCUGAUCUGUGGAGCAUUGGCACAAUCAUCUACCAGUGUCUGACAGGAAAGGCACCAUUUCAUGCCAGCACACCACAGGAACUCCGGUUUUUCUACGAAAGCAACAGGACCCUCUUACCAAGCAUCCCCAAGGAGACUUCUAGUCACUUAAGACAUUUACUGCUGGGGCUGUUGCAGAGGAACCACAAAGAAAGGAUCAGCUUUGAUGAGUUUUUCCAUCAUCCUUUCUUGGAAACAGGCUCAUCCAUCAAGAAAUGCUCUCCAGCUACCAUGGCCUCCUACCCCAGUUCUGGCUCAGGCAGCUCUUCUAGCAGUUCCUCUACAUCUCAUCAGGCUUCCCCUCAAGAUGCCUCUGGAUUCACACUGAAAGAAGUUGCUAAUCAAGAAAGUAGGGAUCCCUCAUCUUGCACAGAAGACUAUGUCAUGGUGCCUGCCCAGUUUCCUAGUGAGUACACAUGUGAAGUGGAAGUUGAGUCACCCAUUGAGAGCUGCCUGAUAAACAGUGGGAUAUCACUGGUGGCUGCCAGGGGUCCUGGAGUAGCAGGCAGGACAUCUCCCCCUUCUCCCCUGCUUUAUCGUCCCUCAACGCCCACUGGCAAACCAGGUGAAUUAGUUUGCAGUAACAUCAACCACUCGGUGCCAAUUCCUGUCCCAACUCAGAUCCACAACUAUCAGCGUAUGGAGCAGAACCUACACCCUGCAGGACUGCAUGGCACCACCAGGGCCACACUUUGCUGUGCUGGCAACAGCAAUGAGACUUCCCCAGGAUUUGGAGGGUGUAGAGCUCCAAGUACAGGAUUUGUCCUAAACUCAUUAGGGCUAACAAAUGGAGGAGCAUUGCCACAACAGUUCUCCCCACUAGUGGGAACUACCCCGAAGGCCCCCGAGCAGAAUCUGCCUCUCUGUACCACUACUGCACUGCUCACUCGCUCUGCUGAGAUAAAGGACACUUCCACCCUCAAGGUGGAAUCAAAACUGGCCACUCGAAGAAGGACAGUCCCAGAUCUGCAGUCUCUUGUUCAAUCUCCUGUAUCUCAAACCAGUCUCACCAAGAAAUUAACUAGUAGGAAAGGCCCUUUUAAAAGAUCACUGAGCACAGGUAAACUGUCUGAUAUGCUACUGAAGGCUGCAUAUGGGACUCAGAUCCUGGAAGAAGGAAAUGAUGAGAGCCUCAGCUGUGAGAGAAGCAUGGAUACAACAGAGAGCCCACCUGUUGCUGGCUUCACCUUUGGAUCUCUGUCAAAAGGAAACAGUCCUUCUGAUACAAUGCUUCCCAGGAUAUUCACAGGAUCCCCUAACUACAGUAGCUCAGUCUGGCUACUUGGCAAUCGCCUUCUGCAGAGAGGAAGCCGGAGGAACAGUGAAUGUGAAGCAAUGGAUGCUUCUCCACACACUGACCUGGUCUUUCAUCCUCCAGAGCUCCCUGAAGAUACAAUAAUGGAGGAGACUCAUACAGUUGCCCUGAAUGAUCUUCGUUUCACUUUGGCAUUUGUCCACUGUGUCAUGGAGUUGGCUUCCUCAAAGGACCCAGGUCUGAAUACCAUCAGUAGUCCUGAUAUUUCCUUUCUGGAGCAGAGCUUAGUGACAGAUCAGAUCAGCCUUCUAAGUAGAGAAUGGAGCUAUGCUGGGCAGUUAGUGUUGUACAUGAAGGCUGAGGAUUUUCUUUCAUCAGCUCUGCACACUGCUAAAGAGAACAUAAAGCAGGGCCGACUCCUUCCCUCUGCUACAGUCAAACAAGUGAUCAAGAAGCUGAAUGACUUAUAUAAGGCCUGUGUGACACACUGCCGCUCCCUCAAUGAACAACUGCAAAGCUUCCUGUUGGACAAACAGAAGCUUAUAGACCGCUUCAGUGGGCUCACAGCAGAGAAGCUCAUCUACAGCCACACAGUGCACAUGGUGCAAUCUGCUGCCUUAGAUGAAAUGUUCCACUAUGGCACAGCAUCUGUCCAACGCUACCAUAAGGCCCUUCUUCUCUUGGAGGGUCUGUCAAGAACCAUCAUAGAACAAAAGGACGUUGACAGCAUAGAUAAAUGUAAGCAGUGCAUUGAGCGACGGCUGUUUGCUCUACAGACUUAACAGUUUCAUUGAAGCCCAAACUCACAUCAUCAGAAACAGUAUCCGUUUGCCUUAUCUAUCACCCUUCAAUACUUCAAUCUUCCUAGACCCUUGAUUCACACAAGCACUUUCUAAAGGGAACUGACCACUGGAGCAUCUGCUCUCAUCCCACCCACCAGUUUAUUGUGUUUUAUAAAAACACAGCAAAGACUUGAAGUCAGAUUGUGUUAUGAUUAUUUGAAUACCUUGAUCAGGUGAAUGUUACUCUGUAUUUGUUUCAUUUUGUUACACAUUUUGUGUGUUACUGUGUUGUUUUGUCUUUUUCACAAAGAACAAUCAAAUGAAAUUACUACUGUUUUUAAUUAUGUUAAAAACUUGAAACAAAGAUUACUUAGGUUUUGUACUUUGUGUGUUAUGUGUACAGUAAAAAUUGACAGUUGUUUCCUCAGAGUGUUAGAAAGGUAAUAAAAGUGUAUGUGUAGCUCAUACCCAACACCUAUCCUGUAAUCACAUAUAUUUACAUUUUGUAGUAAAAAGAUCUGAAUUUAUUAUAACAUCUGGAUGGCAUUUUAGUUUUCUAGCUGGAUUCAAUACCCUUCUGCUGCUGUUGGAUGUAUUGAGAUACUUUAACUGACAUUAACAGCAUGCCCUUUUAUUUUUAUCUUUUUUUUUUUUUUUGAU